AUGCGAUCCUCAUCUUUUUCUCUUUCUCUUUACUCUCUCUUUUUCUCACUUUCUCAUUCCUCUGUCUCUCACCCACAUCUUUCUUUCCUAUUUCCUCAAUCUUUUCUAAAUGCGAUCCACUCUUUUUUUUCUCUUUUCUCUUUUUUUCUCUUUUCAUUCCUCUGUCUCUUCUUUCUUUCCCUAUUUCCUCCUCUUUCUCUAAAUCCCCUCUUUUUCUCUUUCUCUAUUUUCUCCUUUCUCAUUCUCUGUCUCUCACCCAUCUUUCUUUCCUAUUUCCUUCUUUCUCUAAAUACGAUCCUCUUUUUCUCUUUCUCUUUUACUCUUUUUCUCACUUUCUCAUUCCUCUGUCUCUCACCCACAUCUUUCUUUCCCUAUUUCCUCCAUCUUUCUCUAAAUGAUCUCUUUUCUCUUUUCUUUUCUCUUUUUUCUCUUUUCUCAUUCCUCUCUUCUCACCCACAUCUUUCUUUUCAUAUUUUUCCUCUUUCUCUAAAUGCGAUCCACUUUUUUUUCUUUCUCUUUUUCUCUUUUCUCUUUUCAUUCCUCUGUCUCCCCUCCACAUCUUUCUUUCCCUAUUUCUUUUUUCUAAAUGCGAUCCACUUUUUCUCUUUUCUUUUUUUUUACUCUUUUCUCCUUUCUCAUUCCUCUGUCUCCCACCCACAUCUUUCUUUCCCUAUUUCCUCAAUCUUUUUCUAA